GUCAUUGCAUUGUCAAUGGGAAUUUAAUUUAGUAGUUUUAGUACAAAGUUCUUUGAAAUUUAUACGAUACGAAAUAAAAAUACUAAAAAAUUGUUCAGAUUUGUUAUUCUCCAAUCGAAAUAGCAGCGACAGUAUUUUGAUACUGUUUUUCUGAAAUAUACAAAUUGUUGCUUUCGAAAAGCAUCAUGGACUACGAAUUUCUGGACGACAGUCAGGUUGUGAAGGAGCAGAGGAGCUCCUGGUUCUUCCAGAUGAUCGAUGAUUGGUUCACUUUCCAGGCAAAUUUCCUGAUCAACUACGGGUGGCGAUGCCUCGGAGGGCUGAUCAUUGUUGUGAUCAUUUGGAACUGGCUGCAACCCAAGAUUGAGGCAUGGAAGAGAGCUAGAGAAGAUGCGGCUUAUCAUAAGGAUCCGGACCGCGUUUUGGCGCGUGAGGAGGCAGUCAGAAGGGCGAGAGAGCUGCAGGAACAGAAACUCAGGGCAGACUCCGCGCGAGCUGCUGAGCUGCAGAAAGAGAAGGAAGAAAAGAAGCGACGUGAAGCUCUUGAGCUCCUAGAAAAGCAUGGCCGUUUGCCCAGCGCUGGCCAGCGGCUUGGCUCCGAUGACGGCUUCCUGCCGCUGAGCGGUGGCGCCGGCGGCUCCUCGUACCGUGCUCCGAAGCGCUCGGCCUGCGGGGGCGGCGGCUGCGGCCGCUAGGCCUAACUAAGGCCAUCCUUAACACCAAGACUUGCCGAAAAAACAUGUCAAAAUUACGGAUAGGCACAAUUCAUUAUACAGGGUGUAAACCUAAUACGGGCGAACCUCUUAACGGUGGUGAGCAUAGGACAUCAAAAAUGGAAUUAGAUAACUUUUACUUAAAA